GUGAUUAUAAAUUGUCAAGACACUAUCAUAAGUCGCUCACUUGCAUCUCAGACACUUCAACUAGGCAGUCAGACGGACAGUCAGAUUUACUCUUGAGAUCCAGACAGACACAAUGGGAGUUGAGAAAAUGGAGCUGGAUGAGGGACACUCGACUCUGAUGAGUGGCACCAAGAAGCCUCCCCCGGUUCGGCCUCCCAACAUGUUUGAGCGCAUCAUCCAACCCUGCCUGGCAGAGGUGGUGGGAACCAUGUUCUUCGUCUUCAUUGGGUGUGUGUCGGUCAUCGAGAACGUUGAGUCUGCAGGCAGGGUACAGCCGGCGCUGGUCCAUGGCCUGGCUGUGGCUGUCAUGGUGGCAUGCAUGGAUCAAAUCAGUGGAUCCCAUUUCAACCCUCCCUUCACCAUUGCCAUCUACCUGUGUGGUGGCAUGAAACUGUUCAUGGUCAUCCCAUACCUUAUCAGCCAGUUAUUAGGAGGGGUGCUGGGAGCUGCCAUGUCAAAGAUGAUGACAUCAAAGGAGAACUAUGCCAACGCCACAGGAGCGGCGUUUACUAUCCUCCAAUCAGAGGACCAGCUGGCGGGAGCCAUAUUUGGAGAGAUCGCCAUGACGUGCCUGGUUUCCAUGGUAGUAUUGCUAGGGGCGGUCAAUGCAAAGAGCAAAAGCCCAAUGGUGCCUUUCCUGGUAGGCUGUACUGUCAUCAUCAACAUUCUGGCAGGGGGGGAUGUGUCUGGGACCUGUCUGAACCCAGCCAGGGCUCUGGGGCCAGCGGUAAUGGCCAACUACUGGACCUACCAUUGGGUUUACUGGGUUGGGCCUAUCGCAGGAGGUCUACUGGCAGCAGGACUAGUGAGACUUGUGCUUGGAGAUGAGAAGACACGAAUCAUCAUGAAGUGACGUCCUACUGUACAUGUCCUAUGCAAGUCACUGUGGAAAACAUUUCACCAACUACGUUGUACUUUUUGGCAUAUUAUAAAGCUUUUUUUCUAAGAAACGUGAAUUUAGACUGGAAUUUCGGUUUAUUUGAAAGACUAUGAAUCUGGUUUGUAAAUGUCAGCAGAUAGUAGGAGAUGUCAUAUUGUACUAAUAUAACUUUUAUUGUACUCUCUGA